GCUGUGUGUGCUGCAGGAAAAUGGUUUUAUAAAUUUAUUUAUUUUAUAAACAAUUUGUUUUCUUGUACAUAUUUUGCAAAACAUGGAAUUUAUUGAGCUUAUAUUAAUAAAUAAGUUAGACGGGGUUAUCCUCAAAUAUCCGCAUCAAGAGAACAUAGAUGGGACAGUGUGCAUAACUGGACAUCAUCUUAUUUUGAGCUCUAGGAAGGAAGGAGUGCGGGAGUUAUGGCUGUUACACAAAAACAUAGACUGUAUAGAAAAAAAAGAGAACAAACCAAGCAGUAGCAUCACUCAGGGAGGCUCCCUGUUCCUGAAAUGCAAGGACUUGAGGAUCUUCCAGCUGGACAUUGCAUCCUCCACAGAGCUACAUCAGGUUGCACAGACGUUGGAGAACCUCGCUGGCCUGCAGAACCCCAGUUUGUUCUAUCCAUUCUUUUAUCGACAUAUGAACCCUAUAAUGGAGAAUGGCUAUACAUUAUACAGUGUUGAAGGGGAAUUCACUAAGGUGCUAGCAACAGAAGAAUGGCGCAUAUCCCGCGUCAAUCAGAAUUACACAAUCUGUCCAGCCUACCCCAAGUCGGUUGUGGUUCCUAAGAACAUUGACGAUGAAACGCUGGCCACUGCCGCGUCCUUCCGACAGGGAGGCAGGUUCCCUGUGCUCUCUUAUAGGCAUAAUAAUGGGGCAGUAUUACUUCGGGCCGGACAACCUCUAUACGGUCCGAAACACCGACGUUGCCGCGCAGACGAGGCGCUGCUCAACGCGGUGGUCAGUGUCGGGAUGAAGGGAGUCAUCUACGACUUGCGCGGCUCUAGCGCCAUCUCUCAGCACCAGAACAAAGGUGGCGGCACGGAAAGUAAUUCUAACUAUUCCCAGUGGAGAAUUUACAACAGAUCUAUGGAUGAUGUAGACAACCAGCAACAACUAUUAGAUAGUUUUUCUAAACUCAUUGAAGCGUGUAAUGAUAAAGAGAUAUCGAGCGACAAAUGGAUAUCUAAGUUGGAGUCGUGCGGCUGGCCCGAGAGCGUGCGUAACGCGCUGCACACCGCCUGCAUAGUCGCGCAGCAUAUACACCAAAAAGCAGAGCCAGUGUUAAUACACGGCUCGCGCGGCGAAGACGCGACGCUACUAGUCUGUUCCUUAGUGCAAAUUAUAUUGAACCCCGACUGCAGAACUAUUCGAGGUCUGCAAGCGCUAAUAGAGCGUGAGUGGCUGCAGGCGGGCCACCCGUUCGGCACUCGCCACCGCUGCGGCGUGUACGGGGCUCCACAGCCGCGCGCCGCGCCCACCUUCCCGCUGUUCCUGGACUGCGCCCGACAGUUCCUUGAGCAGUUCCCCUGCAGCUUCGAGUACCGCCAGUCCUUCCUCGUCACGCUGUUUGAACACUCUUACGCUAGUCAAUUCGGAACGUUCCUCUGCGACAGCGAGCAGGAGCGCGAGUCUCGCGGCGUGUACACGCAGACAACCAGCCUGUGGUCGUGGGUCAACCAGCCGGACGAGUUGAGCGGUUACAUCAACCCGCUGUACGAGCCCACGCCCACCGUUAUAUGGCCCUCGGUCGCGCCCAUGAGCUUCGUCAUUUGGGAGGAGCUGUACCUCCGCUGGCAAAUCGAGCAGCGUACGGAGCAACGCGAGGAGCAGUACAAAGCGAUACGCACGCGCGAACAACAACUACGCGCGCAGGCGCAGCAGUUACGCCGCGAGCUGUACGAGAUCGCACACCAGUACUACGGGCCCGACGUCAAGGACACACUGUGCGAUAAGUAGAUUUUGUACCAUGAUUCCUAUUUGUUGAAACUUAGCGUAGGCUAUGGGUUUCCACAUAAGCGAAGCGGAAAUGUGCAAUCGAACAAUCACCGUGAGGGAGCAGAGAGCAGAAGUGACGGAGCGUCUUCUUUCGCUCUCUCGCACGCUGCGAUUGGUCGAUUUCGUGUACAUCACGUGCUCCGCUCCGUUUCGUGAAAACCUACCUUUAAGUUUAAAUAAAAAAAAAGAAGAUUUGUUACCUACCAUUGCCAAUUCUAUCGAUAAUUACAGUCGCUACACUGCUGCCUACUGUUAAUAAAGUCUGAAUAAAAUUAUCAGAACAAGCCCCUAAAUACUUAGCUAGACAAUAGAUAUCAUUCAAUGAAAACGAUACGUAAGUAAUUUAUCUUCUCUUUUUGCUAUAACUAAAAGGUGGCCCACUCACCGUUAUUAGUAUUAAAUUGAAACUAAAAAUGACCACACGCGCGUUUAAUGGACAUGUCGAUUUAAAUUAUAUAAUGAAUUUAUAUGUACAGAGUUAUGGGCCCAAUAGCCAAAUUUAGUGUAAGUAACAUUAGCAUCGUGUAUCAGUCUUCGCUCAGAUUACUCACGAGCAUAGAGUAAAGAAUAAUACUGCGUAUAGAACGGUAGCUUUCCGCCCCGCGCCUGUUCGUAUCGGGCGCCGAGCUAGAUUUACCUCACCCCCCCUGGGCCUUUAAUCUAAAUGGCUGGAAGCCGCUAAGGAGUACUACCGGACUGGCUGUAUGUAGUAACAUUUAAUAUUGUUUAUCAUGUACUGCAUUCAUGUGAUCAUAUGGCCGGGUUUCCACUGAUGCGGAAAUGGGCGGAGAAGAGCGGAGAUGUGCGGAUUUGACCAAUCACAGCAUUCGAGAGAGCUCUCUCCCUCACGGUGAUUCGUCGAUUCCUGCACAACUCCGCUCAACUCCGCACAGCAUCGCGUCAAUGGAAACGCAGCCUAUGAUAUGUACGCACCAAGCUAUUUUUUCAAAAUUCUUCACAAUAGAUUUUCGUUUAGCCGGUUAUUAAACUAUAUUAUUAAAAGGUAAUAAUACACAAUAAUAAUAGUAGCUUGCUUUUGUUAGCUUGAAAAAGGGGGCCGAAUUAAUUUUAAUUUCGCCAUGAAAAUCUAUAAAUAUUUUUAUUAUUUUGAUGUCUAUCGGCCUAAUAAGUAAUUUAUAUAUAAAUUGUAAACGUUAUGAGGAAUAUAUCGUAGAAUGUAAGUUUAAUCAGUCAUUUUGCAUUGGUGCUAAAUGACGGAACAGUUGCUAUGACACGAAGCUUUAAUUUCUCUAUUUGUAUUGUAUUGUAUACUGUCUUUCUGUAUUGUAUUGUAUGUGUCCUGUCUAUUAUCAAAGACGCGUCAAUUUUAAUACAAAAAUUAAUAGUUAGCAUUUACUGCCAACUAAGUAUUUGACAACUAAAAGUCAUAAUUAAAACAGAUAAUAACGGGUUCUUACCGCGUUUGAAAUAGGGAUAUGUCAUCCCGUGGUCAUGGCACUUGCAACAGUGUCGAAAUAUCGGGAGUCUCAUAUCCCUAUUUCAAACGCGGUAAGAACCCGUUAUUAUGUGUUUUAAUUAUGAUAACUAAAAGUCAGUGUUUUCGGCCUGCUAUUACGUAAUUUUACUCUUUAAGCCGCUGUACUGACAUGCCGAAUAUUCGAAUUGUAACGUCACAUUGAUCGAAUAAUCACGUUCGUUAGUCGCCACCUUAAAGCUUUUUUUUUCUUUUUAUAUCCCCACAAUUUGCCAAUCUGAAACAUAUACUGAAAGUUUACAAUAAAAGAGUUCGAUUUUACUGCAACAGGUUUAUAUAUGUACAUAUAUGUACCUACAUUCAUGAUAUUUAAAUUUCCUAUAAUGCCAUACGCGUAGCUACAAGUCUCAGAGCCGACUGGAUAUUUUUCCCGCCUAUCAAAUUGUGAGUUGAUAGAUCUUUAGCAAACAUGCUAGCAAAUAUUGCAUAUUUAAAAAAAUAGAUAUUCUAUUUAUCUAUUUAAAUCCCAAUUUUAUACUUCAACGAGAAAAGUUCUUUAUAAAUUAUUGUUCAAUCAUUCUAACAUACAUUGAAGUUUGAAGGUAGGAAUUGAGGAACAUUACUU